GUUUAAUAUGGACCAAUCCAGAUUAUUAAAACCAUUUUCCGCCCAGAAACAUCGUGGCCAUUGAUUAAAAAGCCCAAUAAGGAGUCUUCUUCUAGGGUUUUGCUAUAAGUUCCCUCGCCGCUAGGUUAUUUCGCCUCUUGUGUUCUCGUCACUCAUCUCUCACACCGAAGCAUCAGAAUCAAACAAUGGUGUUUGUGAAGCCUUCCAAGUCGAAUGCUUACUUCAAGAGGUACCAAGUCAAGUUCAGGAGAAGGAGAGAUGGAAAGACUGAUUACAGAGCCAGGAUCCGUCUGAUCAACCAAGACAAGAAUAAGUACAAUACCCCAAAGUACCGUUUCGUUGUCAGGUUCACCAACAAAGACAUUGUCGCACAAAUCGUGUCUGCAAGCAUUGCCGGUGACAUUGUCAAGGCUUCUGCUUAUGCACAUGAGCUUCCUCAGUACGGACUCAAUGUCGGUCUUACAAACUAUGCUGCAGCUUACUGUACCGGCCUGCUUUUGGCUCGCCGUGUUCUCAAGAUGUUGGAAAUGGAUGCUGAGUACGAAGGAAACGUAGAGGGAGCUUUGGACGGAGGACUUGAUAUCCCUCACAGUGACAAGAGAUUCGCUGGAUUUAACAAGGAGAACAAGCAACUCGAUGCUGAGAUCCAUAGGAACUACAUCUAUGGAGGCCAUGUGUCAAACUACAUGAAGCUGUUGACAGAAGAUGAGCCAGAGAAGUUUCAGACACACUUCAGCCAGUACGUAAAGAAAGGAGUUGAUGCUGAGAACAUCGAGGAGCUUUACAAGAAGGUUCACGCUGCCAUUCGUGCAGACCCUAACCCUAAGAAGACCGUCAAAGCUGCUCCCAAGGAACACAAGAGGUACAACUUGAAGAAAUUGACCUAUGAGGAGAGGAAGAACAAGUUGAUUGAGAGGGUCAAGGCAUUGAACGGAGCAGCAGGUGGUGAUGAUGAUGAUGAGGACGACGAAGAGUAAAUCACUGCAACGAGUGCCAUUGUCUCCUGUCUCUUGUAGUUUUUUGAGCUUAUUGCCUCAGUUUUUCUAUUUUCAGACUAAAAUACUCAGCUUUGUUCACACUUUGAUUGCUGCAUUUGAGGAUCUUGAUUUUGAGGAUACUUUUUCUUUUAAGAAUUUAUCUAUCUCUUAUAUUUGCCAUCAUCGUUUCUAAAAAUUUACAAUCUUAGCUGUGAUAUUCGUAUCUUUAAUUUUGUUAAAUUA